GGCGCCGCGAGCCGGCAAAGGCAGACGCGCUGUGUGUGUGUCCUUCUCCGCAUCGUUACGCAAAGGAGCGCGCCGGCUCCCGCUACCCCCACCACUUAACCUCUUAUCCGAACUGCCUCGCGCCUCGCCGCCGUGCGGCAGUGGCACGCCAGUCAGUCGGUUUUUGUUCAUCGUGUGGCGUGGUGUGCGGUGAUUUCGCGCCACAAAAGAGAGAGAAAGAGAGAACGACUGAGCGGAGUUUUAUCCGCGAUCGGACACACUCGUUGACGGAACCCUUUGUCGCGGACGUACGUACGUUUGUUUAUUUUAUUUCGCGAUAGCAUUCGGUGCCGCAUACUCGGGCGUGCGCUCUGAUAAGAAAAAAGGAAGGAAGGAAGGAAGGAAGGAAGACACAGGCACAUUUCUCACUCUCUAUCUUCCUCUAUCGAAGAAAGGGGAGGAGGAAGAAGCGUGCCUCGUGGGCCCGUGCGGCGGAUCGUGGUCGCAAGACCGGAGGCGCACGGCACGGUCGGCCAUUGUGCUUUCUUCGUAUCGCCGAUACGACCGACAGCGCGGUGCUCCGCUGUCUGUCAGCCUGUGUGCUCAGUGUCGGCUUAUACCGGGUGAACCUGCGAGAGAGACGUGCUUGUGCGCCGCAGUUCGCCGGCUACCACUGUCGGAGCAACAUCGCCGCCGUUAUCAUCGUCAAUAUCAUCAUCGUCCGCGGUUAGCUCGGCAUCAGAGGAUGCGCGUGCACGGGAGCGAGUCCGCGAGGCGGUGCGCGCGAGUAACGCGCCGAUGAACGCGCGCGAGGAGAUGAGAUGCGCGAAGAGGAGAGCCAUUAGGAAUCCGCCGUUCUCGGCGAAUGUCAUUCACCCCGCGUGCGCACCGUAAGAAGAAGAGAAGGAAGAGGAAGAGAAGAGGAGACGAGAAAGAGGCACCGCGUGCCCGCGAAAGAGGAUCGAGCGAAGAACCACCGGAGGCAGGGCAAAGGAGCUCCCCGCAAGGACGCGCAACAUUUGCUCCCCAUUCGAGGCGGUCUCUUCUGGAAAUCGAAUUCGCGAUUCCAAAUGAAUCCAACCCGACGAUCGAUUGGGAAACCAUCUGACGCAGCAUUGGGGCUCGUUUUGUGGCUCGCGGUGGUUCUGUGCCGAGAUACAUCGCGAGAUACGCGAGUCCCUCGUUGAUCCUCGGUGAAAGGAAACCGAUUGUGAAUGCCGAUGGUGUCCGCGGGGACGCAGAUGGGAGCUUGAUGGGACCCCCGUCAACCCCGUAUAACAAUCGCACGUGCCCCCCGCAAUCGACUUCACGGCCACCGCCGCCGCCGUCGCCGCCGUCGCCGCCCCCGCUGUCGUCUACCGACGUCGUCGUCGUCACCACGAGGUUUCUUCUUCAUCCACUCGAUUCGGCCGCACAAAUCCGAUCAAGCUGGAAUUGAUGGAGUUGGAGAAUAUUGUGGCGAACACCAUAUACCUGAAAGCGAGAGAAGGUGGUGGUGACAGCAACAAAGGAAGGAGUAAGAAAUGGCGGAAGAUGCUUCAGUUCCCACACAUUUCCCAGUGCAUCGGCCUAAAAGAUAAACUGGACGUUAGGUACGGUUAUGUGGUGGACCAGCAGCCGAUCGGGCGGCUGCUUUUCCGACAAUUCUGCCAGGAUAAAAAGCCGGCCUACUACCGCUACAAUCUCUUCCUGGACGCGAUCGAGAAGUACGAGAUCGAGCUGGACGAGAAUCGCAUCGACCUGGCGAAGGAGCUGUUCGAGCAGUAUCUGAAGCGUGAGGGCUCGGAGGUAGUCGACAUCCUGAACGAUUCCCUGAUCUCGCAGUGCGAGGAGCAACUCGGCACCGGUGGCAAGGAGCUCUUCACCGAGGUCGCGCAAACCGUGAAGAACUUCCUGGCCGGCGAGCCGUUCUCGGCUUUUCUCAGCAGUUUCUAUUUCUACAGGUACCUCCAGUGGAAAUGGCUGGAGGCGCAACCGGUGACGUACAAUACCUUCCGGAUGUACCGGGUGCUGGGCAAAGGCGGCUUCGGCGAGGUCUGCGCCUGCCAGUCGCGCGCCACCGGUAAGAUGUACGCGUGCAAGAAGCUGGAGAAGAAGCGCAUCAAAAAGAGGAAGGGCGAGUCGAUGGUGCAGCUUGAGAAGAACAUGCUGCAGAAGAUCAACUCCAAGUUUGUCGUCUCGCUCGCGUACGCGUACGCGACGAAGGACGCGCUCUGCCUCGUGCUGACGGUCAUGAAUGGCGGCGACCUCAAGUUUCACAUUUACAACAUGGGCGGUGAGCCGGGUUUCGACAUAAAUCGCGCCCGAUUCUACGCGGCCGAGGUCGUGUGCGGUCUGGAGCAUCUUCAUGUUCAGGGUAUCGUCUACAGGGACUGCAAGCCGGAGAACAUAUUGCUGGACGAUCAUGGCCACGUGAGGAUAUCUGAUCUCGGUCUCGCGGUGGAGAUCACGGAGGGUGACAUGGUGCGCGGUAGGGUUGGCACGGUGGGUUACAUGGCCCCUGAGGUGAUCGACAACGAGAAGUACACCUUCUCGCCGGACUGGUUUAGCUUCGGCUGCCUGCUGUACGAGAUGAUCGAGGGCCAGGCGCCAUUCCGCGCCCGUAAGGAGAAGGUCAAACGUGAGGAAGUCGACAGACGCGUCAAGGAGGAUCAAGAGAGGUACUCGCCCAGGUUCACCGAGGACGCCAAGAGUCUGUGCCAGCAGCUGUUGAAGAAGAGCCCGAAGAACAGACUGGGCUGCAAGUGCGGACGGCAUGGGGCGAAGGAGGUGAAGCUCCAUAGCUUCUUCCAGUGCUUGAACUGGAAGAGGGUCGAGGCUGGUAUGUGGGAACCGCCGUUUGUGCCGGAUCCUCGUGCAGUUUAUGCUAAAGAUGUUCUGGACAUCGAACAAUUCUCUACGGUGAAAGGUGUUAAUUUAGACGCCACGGACAACACCUUUUACAGCAAGUUUAACACCGGUAGCGUGUCCAUUCCAUGGCAAAAUGAGAUGAUAGAGACUGGAACUUUUAAGGAAUUGAAUGUAUUUGGUCCUAACAACACGCCCACUCCAGAUUUAUUAGUAAGCCAAACACCGCCCAAUAACGAGAACAGAGGCUGCUUUCCCUUUCGAAGAAAGAGGAAUCAGAGCGCUCGUACGAAAGAGGUACCGCUGUCGGAGUGCCAUUUGCUGGAGUUGUUACAGACACAGAACUCGGAGAUGCCGGCCAGCUGAUCCAUGGUGAGCGCAAGUAA